AAUGGCGGGGGACACCGAGGACUCCACCGCCGGGACCGACAAAGCCCCGAAAGUCAAACGGCCGCGGAAGAAGAAGAAACCCAAGGAGACCAAAACCAGGACCGUGCACGCCAACACGCUGCGCGAGCGCACCAAAGGCGGGGAGGACCCCAACCGCCACCACGCCAACAACCGGAUCAAGACCACCAAGUACACGGUGCUGUCCUUCCUGCCCAAGAACCUCUUCGAGCAGUUCCACCGGUUCGCCAACGUCUACUUCGUCUUCAUCGCCCUGUUGAACUUCGUCCCGGUGGUCAACGCCUUCCAGCCCGAGCUGGCGCUCGCUCCCGUGGUCUUCAUUUUGUCCGUGACCGCCAUCAAGGACCUGUGGGAGGACUACCGGAGACACCGGUCCGACACCGAGAUCAACCACAUGGACUGCCUGGUGUACAGCAGGGCGGAGAAGCGCUACGUGGAGAAGUACUGGAAGGAGGUGCAGGUGGGCGACUUCAUCCGGCUGCGGUGCAACGAGAUCCUCCCCGCCGACGUCCUGCUGCUGAGCUCCAGCGACCCCGACCGCCUGUGCCACAUCGAGACGGCCACGCUGGACGGGGAGACCAACCUGAAGCAGAGGCAGGUCGUCCGCAGCUUCCUGGACCUGGAUUGUGAUUUCGACCCGCUGAAGUACGACAGCGUCAUUGAAUGCGAGAAGCCCAACAACGACCUGAACCGGUUCCGAGGCUACAUACUCCACCGGAGCGGCAGCCGCGACGCGCUUUACAAAGACAACCUGCUGCUGAGAGGCUGCACCGUCCGCAACACGGAGGAGGCGGUGGGCAUCGUCAUCUACGCAGGUCACGAGACCAAAGCCAUGCUGAACAACAACGGGCCGCGCUACAAGCGCAGCAAGCUGGAGCGACAGAUGAACGUGCACGUGUUCUGGUGCGUGGUCAUCCUGCUGGUCAUGUGUCUGUUCGCCGCCGUAGGUCACAUGGUGUGGAUGUUCCAGUACGGAGACGAGAGGCCCGCGUUCCACGUCCUCGGCCCCGAGGGGGCGGAGCUGUCGCCCGUCAUGUCGGCCGUCUACCUCUUCCUCACCAUGAUCAUCGUGUUCCAGGUGCUGAUACCCAUCUCCCUCUUCGUGUCCAUCGAGAUCGUGAAGAUCUGCCAGGUGUUUUUCAUCCACCAGGACCUGGACCUGUACGACGAGGAGACGGACUCCCAGCUGCAGUGCCGCGCUCUGAACAUCACCGAGGACCUGGGCCAGAUGCAGUACAUCUUCUCCGACAAGACGGGCACGCUGACGGAGAACAAGAUGGUGUUUCGCCGCUGCACCGUGGCGGGGGUGGAGUACUCCCAUGAUGCCAAUGCCAGAAGACUGGCGAUGUACCAGGAGAUGGAUUCGGAGGAGGAGGAGUGCCCGUCCCGCGGCGGCACCCUGCCCAGACGGGACAGCGCGGCGAGCCACCAGAGCGCCCGCGUGGUGCUGCGCUCCCACAGCACCAAGUCCCACCGCCGCACCGGCAGCCGGGCCGAGGCCAAGCGAGCCAGCAUCCUGUCCAAGCACACGGCCUUCAGCAGCCCCAUGGAGAAAGACGUGACCCCCGACCCCCAGCUGCUGGACAAGGUGAACGAGUGCAGCAGUCAGGUGGACUUCAUGCGCUUCCACAGCCAGCCCGUCUCCCAGCUGCCCUCCGACCUCGCCGACGUCCUGGACUUCUUCAUCGCCCUCACCGUCUGCAACACGGUGGUGGUUUCCUCCCCCGACCAGCCGCGCCACAAGGUGCGGGUGCGAUUCGAGCUGAAGUCUCCGGUGAAGACCAUCGAGGACUUCAUCAAGCGCUUCACCCCGAGCCGACUGACCUCGGGCUCCAACAGCAGCAGCUCCUCCAGCCUCGCCACCAACCGCUCCUCCUCCACCCGGGGCUGCUCCGGCCUGCUGUCCUCCCCCUCCGCCGAGAGCACGCUCGCCAAGCUGCGCGAGGAGAGGGCGCCGCCCUGCUGGGGCGAGAGGCCGCGCGGCCCGGAGGACGACGACGGCGGCGGGGGCGAGCUGCGCUACGAGGCGGAGUCGCCCGACGAGGCGGCGCUGGUCUACGCCGCCCGGGCCUACAAGUGCUCGCUGGCGGGCCGCCUGCCGGACCAGGUGGCCGUGGAGCUGCCGCACCUGGGGAAGCUGAGCUUCGAGCUGCUGCACACGCUGUGCUUCGACUCCACCAGGAAGCGCAUGUCGGUGGUGGUGCGGCACCCGCUGACGGACGAGAUCACGGUCUACACCAAAGGGGCCGACUCCGCCAUCAUGGACCUCAUCGAGCCCCCCGACGCAGGGAACUCCAAAGGAAGGCGCCAGAGGAAGAUUGUCAGCCGGACCCAGAACUUCCUGAACCUGUACGCUGCGGACGGCCUGCGCACGCUGUGCAUCGCCAAAAAGGUCCUCAGUAAAGAGCAGUACGCCUGCUGGCUGCAGCGCCACCUGGAGGCCGAGACGGCCAUCCAGGGGAGGGAGGAGCUGCUGUUUGACUCGGCGCUGCGACUCGAGACGAACCUCCAGCUCCUGGGAGCGACGGGCAUUGAGGACCGGCUGCAGGACGGCGUUCCUGAGACCAUCGCGUCCUUGCGGCGGGCCGGCCUGCAGAUCUGGGUCCUGACGGGAGACAAACAGGAGACGGCCGUCAACAUCGCGUACGCCUGCAAGCUGCUGGACCCCGAGGAGGAGAUCCUCACUCUGAACGCCGACUCUCAGGAGGCGUGCGCCUCGCUGCUGGAGGAGAGUUUGCACUACAUCGGGGCGAAGUUCCUCUGCGGCUCCCCGGACCAAGCCCCCUUCGAGAUGUACCCCUCCUCCUCCUCCUCCGCCUCCUCCCGCUCCUCCUCCCCCCCCCAGGGCGCGCCCUUCCUGGUGCACCGGCUGGGCCUGGUGAUCGACGGCCGGACGCUGGCCUACGCGCUGGACAGGAGCCUGGAGGACAAGUUCCUCAUGGUGGCGCGGAGCUGCCGCUCGGUGCUCUGCUGCCGCUCCACGCCGCUGCAGAAGAGCAUGGUGGUCAAACUGGUGCGGAACAAGCUGAAGGUCAUGACCCUGGCCAUCGGUGAUGGGGCCAAUGAUGUCAGCAUGAUCCAGGUCGCAGAUGUGGGCGUCGGCAUCUCUGGACAGGAGGGCAUGCAGGCGGUGAUGGCCAGCGACUUCGCUCUGCCUCGGUUCCGGUACCUGGAGAAGCUGCUGCUGGUCCACGGCCACUGGUGCUACUCCCGACUGGCCAACAUGAUCCUGUACUUCUUCUACAAGAACGCCAUGUUCGUGGCGCUCAUCUUCUGGUACCAGUUCUACUGCGGCUUCUCGGGCUCCGCCAUGAUCGACCAGUGGUACCUCAUCUUCUUCAACCUGAUGUUCUCCGCCUUCCCGCAGCUCAUCACCGGCACCCUGGACAAAGACGUGUCGGCGGAGACGCUUCAACGGCUACCUCAGCUCUACGUGAACGGACAGAACUCCGAGGAAUACAAGCCAUACAUGUUCUGGAUGAACAUGAUAGACGCCUUCUACCAAAGCCUGGUCUGCUUCUUCAUCCCUUACUUUGCCUACGCUGACUCAGACGUGGAUCUGUUCACGUGGGGGACGCCCAUCACCACCCUCGCCUUAGUCACCAUCCUGGUGCAGCUGGGCAUCGAGACCAAAACCUGGACGUGGAUGAACUGGUUCUCCAUCUUCUUCAGCCUGAGCUUGUUCUUCGCCGUGUCGCUGUGCUACAACGCCUCCUGUCCCUCCUGCUUCUCCCCCCCCAGCCCCUACUGGAGCAUGCAGAGGCUGCUGGGGGAGCCGCUCUUCUACCUGCUGUGCGUGCUCACACCUGUGGCCGCGCUGCUGCCCAGAUACUUCUACCGGGCGUGUCAGGGCACGCUGUUCCCCAGCCCCGUCCAGGUCGGGAGGCAGUUGGACAAACUCCCGGCCGAGACCCGCAAGAACCUGCUGGGCCUCGGCGGGGGGUCGGCGGCCUCGGCGCUCCGCCCCGAGCCUCACUUCCUGCCCCCCACAAAGCCGUCCCCCGGAGGCCGCGGCGACCUCCUCGCGGAGAAGGACACGCUCCCUUACGCCAAAGACGCCGCCGGGCUCCGCCCCCCCGCGGAGCCGUGGCCUCUUCUCGCCAAAGACUGCGAGGCUCCGGAGGCGUCCGGCUGGCUCACCUCCACGCCGCGGGCGGCCGGCGUGCGGCUGGCGCCGCAUCCCGACGGAGACCCGCACUGCGUCGCGUACCGCGGGGACUCGGACCGCCCGGCGCCGGGGGCGGAGCCGUCGCCGGGCGCCGUCCUGUGACACCGCCGCCGCAAAGUCUCUCGCGUGUGACACUCGCUCCAAUUUGCACAAUAGUUUUUAUAAAAAACAAAUCUGAUUUUAUUGUAUUUUUCAAGCAGAUUCUUUUAUAAGGUACUUAUAAGGUAAAUGUCUGGACCUCAAGAUAUUUUUGAGGCUUUGAAGAUUAAGGAACUGGAAUUCUUUUCGAUUAAAAAAAAAAAAAUCUGGAAUUUCUUUAUCUCAAAGAUUUGUCUCGCCAGUCGAAUACGUUUUUAAGACAUUCCACAAAAGUUCAGUGAUGUUUGUUCUGAUUUACUGGGCCCUGCAUUGGUCUCAUUCACUACAUUCCACUGAGUAACUUUAAAGAUGCUUUAAGAUGAUCCUACAGAAGAAAAUCUACCAGUAAUGAUGCUGUGUGUGUGUGUGUGUGUGUGUGUGUGUGUGUGUGUGUGUGUGUGUGUGUGUGUGUGUGUGUGUGUGUGUGUGUGUGUGUGUGUGUGUGUGUGUGUGUGUGUGUGUGUGUGUGUGUGUGUGUGUGUGUGUGUGUGUGUGUGUGUGUGUGUGUGUG